AUGACCACCACGACCACGAGCAUAGGGGGUGGCGGCGAGGACCGGGUCCUCGCCACGGCUCAGCAGAUCGUCAAGAGCCUCAACACCCCCAAGGAGGUGCGCGAGGACAUGCUCUUGAUCUUCUCUAGCUUCGAUAACCGCUUAUCCAACAUCACCGAUUUGAUCAACGGCGAGGAUUCGAAGGCCGAAAACGACCGAUUCGAGGCCGCCGAGAAGGUGAUUUUCCGGUGGGAGUCGAAUUCCGAAGCUCACAGAAACUCGGUUCCUUGGGAGGAGUCGCCGGACGAGUCUGGCGAGUAUUUAUCGGCCGUCGAUGAGAUCCUCACUCUCAUGGAGGGGCUUUCGGUCCGGUCCGAUAACGAACUCGUGGACCGGGCCGAAAACGCGCUCCAAAUCGCUAUGUCCCGGCUCGAGGACGAGUUCCGCCACAUUCUGAUCCGAAAAACAGUCCCGCUCGACUCAGAGCGGCUUUACGGCUCGAUCCGCAGGGUCUCACUGUCGUUCGCGUCAAACGACGGAGAAAUCGACGAAGAAUUCGAGAGUUUCGGCGAGGAGGACCGAGACGCCGGCCGGUUCCACGAGCGCGGGGGCAGCCUCGGCGAUACAGACGUGGAUUUAAUACAUCCCGAUGCCGUCGUCGAGCUGAAGGAGAUCGCCGAGCGUAUGAUCCGGUCUGGUUACGAAAAGGAGUGUAUUCAGGUGUAUAGCAGUGUCAGGCGUGACGCUUUGGACGAGUGUUUAGUGAUUCUUGGGGUUGAGAAGCUGAGCAUUGAGGAGGUUCAGAAGAUUGAGUGGAAGUCUUUGGAUGAGAAAAUGAAGAAGUGGAUACAAGCUGUGAAAAUCGGCGUUAGGGUUUUGCUAACCGGAGAAAGGAGGCUUUGUGAUCAGAUUUUUGAGGGGACUGAUGAGACUAGGGAGAUUUGCUUCAAUGAGACUGCUAAAGGGUGUAUUAUGCAGCUGUUGAAUUUUGGACAGGCGGUAGCCAUUGGUCGAAGGUCGCCGGAGAAGUUGUUUCGGAUACUUGACAUGUAUGAUGCCAUGGCCGAUGUGUUGCCGGACUUGCAGCAAAUGGUGACUGAUGAAUAUGUGGUUAUUGAGGCCAGGGGAGUGUUGGAUGAGCUUGGUGAUGCAGCCAAAGGGACCUUUGCAGAGUUUGAGAAUGCGGUUCAGAGCGAGGCCAGUAAGAAACCAAUGCUAAGCGGUGAGAUUCAUCCGCUUACUCGGUAUGUCAUGAACUAUGUUAGAUUGUUGGUUGAUUAUAGUCAUACUCUCAACUCGCUUUUGGAUACUGGUGAAGAAGAGUUACAAAGGUUGCAAGGGUUGCCAAAUGAUGAUUUGGGUAUAGAAAGCAUGUCCCCGAUAGGCCAUAGGUUGUUGUUGUUGAUUUCGAAUUUGGAGUCCAAUCUUGAGGAGAAGUCUAGGGUUUAUGAUGAUGGCGCAAUGCAGUGUGUGUUUUUGAUGAAUAACAUUCUGUACAUAGUGCAGAAAGUGAAGGAUUCUGAGAUUAGAAAGCUCUUGGGAGAUCAAUGGGUUCGCAAGCGCCGUGGCCAGGUACGCCAGUAUGCUACUGGAUAUCUUAGAGCUGCUUGGAGUAAGGCCUUGUCUUGUUUGAAAGAUGAAGGAAUUGGUGGGAGCACGAGUAAUGCUUCAAAGAUGGCUUUGAAGGAGAGGUUUAAGAAUUUCAAUGCAAACUUUGAAGAAAUCUAUAGGAUCCAGACAGCUUGGAAGGUCCCCGAUGCUCAACUUCGGGAGGAGCUUCGGAUAUCUAUUUCAGAGAAGGUGAUUCCGGCUUACAGAUCGUUUAUGGGGAGGUUUGGGAGUCAGCUAGAGAGUGGAAGGCAUGCUGGGAAGUAUAUAAAGUAUACAGCAGAUGAUUUGGAAGGCUAUGUGUUGGAUUUGUUUGAGGGGACUCCAGGUGUUCUGCACCAUCUGAGAAGAAAAAGUACAUAG